GUGCGCUGGUUCGGCCUGUUUCGGCAGUAGCCGGACAUUUUCGCCUCUUUGUUUUACUGACAGUGGAUUUAACUCGAAAUCAGCCCAAUAUCCAGCGGACCGCUCCACCAACAAACAGCUGUGUGAAGCAGAGCACAGGAUGCAGAGUUAACGCUACCCUGUGUUUCCCAGAAGAAGCCUGGCUGCCAGACCCUCAGCAGUACACACAUGGCGGCAUUAGGGAACCCCGAGAUGUUAACCAGAAAGAUCAAGCUGUGGGACAUCAAUGCCCACAUCACCUGUCGUCUAUGCGAGGGGUACCUGAUCGAUGCCACAACGGUCACCGAGUGCUUACACACAUUCUGCAGAAGCUGUUUGGUGAAAUAUCUGGAGGAGAACAACACGUGCCCCACAUGUCGGAUUGUCAUUCACCAGAGUCAUCCACUGCAGUACAUCGGCCAUGAUCGAACAAUGCAAGAUAUUGUCUUUAAGUUGGUGCCAGGACUGCAGGAAGCGGAGAUGAAGAAACAGAGAGAGUUCUAUCAGAAGUUAGGCAUGGAGGUGCCUGGAGACAUCAAAGGUGAACUGUGUAACGCAAAAACCCACCUGGACUCUCAGCGCAAUGGUGACCUGAAAUCGGAAGACCCAUCUAAUAAAGAUGCAGGAGAGGAGAAAGCGGAGGAAGACAAUGAUUACCACCGCAGUGAUGAGCAGGUGAGCAUCUGUCUGGAGUGUAACAGCAGUAAACUCAGAGGACUUAAGCGAAAAUGGAUUCGUUGUUCGGCUCAGGCCACCGUUCUCCACCUCAAGAAGUUCAUCGCAAAAAAGCUCAACCUGACUUCCUUUAAUGAGCUGGACAUCUUAUGCAAUGAAGAAAUCUUGGGCAAGGACCAUACUUUGAAAUUUGUCGUGGUAACAAGAUGGAGAUUUAAGAAAUCGCCUCUCCUCCUGCAUUACAGACCCAAAAUGGAUUUGCUGUAGUUGGACAAAAAUGGUUGGUUGUUUUGGCCUGGCGGCUUAGGACUUUGCUACACUCUGUAUAUGCAGAGACCAUCAACUCCCACACCAAAAAAAAUAAAGACGUCUUUUAUGAGUCAACAUAGACACGAGCCAGCAAACAACAAAUCCAGCACAGCCACUGCGACACUGUCGGCUUUUACGGGAACAACCGCUUUUUCUGUCUGUUUGUCCGCUAUAUGUCCUAGAUAUGUGAAAAAUUGAGAGAAAGCAUAUAUUUAUACUUUUGUAUAGACAAGAGAAGUGGAACCAAGACCCUAUUGGUGCGCUGUUUACACAUUAAAAGAAAAAGAAAAAAAGAAAAAAAAAAAGGAAAGGUUUAAAGAUAUGUUGUACCAUAGGACUUUGUUCCAACCUCAACUAUGGGCAAAAGAUGGUGCUCUUUGUCUGCCAUCCUCCGUGGAAGUGUCCUCUUACACUGCUAACCAGGGGAGAGGAGGCGUUUCAAACUGACCGCUCUCUCUCAGGUCUUAUUCAACACUUCUCGGGAGCGCAGAACCUUUCUAAGCUUAUAUAAAGCGGUUUAUAUGAGUUGUGUAUUAUCUCUCAUUUUUCUUUACUUUUUUCGGGGUCGCUACAAGUGGAAUUGUGAAUAGGCAAAUUUAUGUGUAGUAUUUAUGUUCUAUUUACCAUAUUGUAUAUAAAAGUUGUUAACAGAGAGAAGCGAGAAGGAAUGGAAGAUGUUAUGAAAGUGUGAGUGUGUCUGUGUGUGAAAGAUUAAAUGUUUGAGAAAAAGAGACUGGUUAGAGUGGUUUUCCAAAAGUGCUAUAUUAUGAGCUGCAUGUAUGUGGCGACAUGUCAAUGGAAUAUUAAUCCUGGUGUAAAUUCAAGAUUCCCAAUGGUGCGAAUCUCACAAAAACAUGUCCGGGUCAUAUAUUAGCCCAAUAAUCAAAAGUUACAAAUUUGAGAUUUCAUAUUGCUGGAAGAAAAUGAAGCCUUUUUAUUUGUAUUUUGCAUUGGGACAUUAUUUUCAUGACAAUUAAGCACAUUGUCCCCAAAUUUAUUUUCUAUUUAAUAGUAGGAUAGGAAUCAGUUACUUUCUUGUUACUGUAAUCCUUCAUUUUUAACUGUAUUACAGUACAGAAUUUCUGUAAUUCUGUCUUUUUCCCAUUUAAAUCAGCAUAAAGGCAGUGCAACAAAGGUGCCAUGAUGUGUAAAUACUAUUUAAAUACAUGUAGAUAAAUAAAUUUUUUUCACAUUAUAGUAACAAGAGUGAGGAUUGUUUUACAUUAUGGUAAAGAAAUGGAGAGUGCUUAAUUGUCAUGUAAAUAAUGUAACAAUCAAGCAUUUUUAUAGUCCUAAAAAUAAGGCUUUAUUUUCUUAAAAUAACAAAUCUAUAUUUGAUUCUGGUUGAAACAUUAACUGGACAUGCUUUUGACAGAUUUCGUAAGAUUCACCCUAUAUCAGUACAUCUCUUAUCAGUGCAGACUUUGAUGAUGCAAAAAGCAUAUGUUUUGAUCCUCUUUAAUUAUUAAAUGCAGCAGAGAUAUUAAUUGGAAGUGAUUUUGAAAUGUGUUUAAUCAUCCAACCCUUGUGGUCUUUAAUUUGCAUCCCUAGAAUCAUUAAGGAGGUGUAAUAAUGAAUCCUUAAUAACUAAAUAUGUUUAUAUCUUUAACUUGCUUUAAAAACAGCCAACCUGCCCUUCUUACAUAUGUGUAUUUCCCACAGCCUCAGAGUCAUAUAUGCAAUGCAUCACCUUUUAAUUGAGACAAAAAGAUGAAACAUUGAGUCCUUUGACAUUGUAUCAGUUCUCUGCUCCUCCGCUGUAUGAAUGUAACCCACAUAUAACCGUCCAUAUGUAUUGUACAGCUCUUUGUUUUAUUGCUGUCUUCGGUGCCAAAGGCUUAACACACCCUCCUGACUUCACUCUGUUCUGCAUGGCAAGUUGUACGAAUGGCUGAAUGCAUACGGCAAAAUCCACCUAAAGCAUUUGACCUUGACUGAUUAGAUACUGAGGAAUAUAGCGAAUUAAGAUUAGAUUUGACUUAUUGGGUUAAUGACCAGUCAUUAAAAUGGACCUUUUCUGUCUUUUCUUUUAUUCUGGUUAUUUAAAUGAGCCUUCCUUGAAGUUUGAAAUGUUGACAUCCAAUUAAUACAUGGCGGAGUCUAGUUGAUCAAAUAUUAAAGGGCUUUUUGAUUUGUAAGGGAUGUGAUUUAUUUCAAGUACUUCUUGGAGGAGCUAAUUGACAAAUUGGUUUGAUAUCCAAACAAUGUGUUAAAACGAGCUGCAUUAGUUUUUACUACGGAAAAGUAGAUGAUGCAGUAAAAAGGUCUGCUCAUUAUAGCGGUCAACAUUCAAACGGGUAAAUGGCAAACCAGCUUGACCAAAUCUUUCUGGUUCACUUCAUAUGUUAAUCUGUUAUUACUGAUGGCUUGUGUGUUCAAUAGUAUUGGAUUGUAUUCUUGCUUUGAAACACUCACCAGUGAAAUACGUCUAAACUGGACUGCCCUUGAAUCUGUUUUCUCAGUGUCUUAAAAUGUUAAUUAUCUCUGUAACAUUAUUUUAAAGCAGCGUGUUGUUUUGCUUUAUUGCAUCACCGACAUGCUCUUGUGAAGGUGAUGUGGUCAUAAUGAUUUCCAUUUGAGCAGUUUCUUCUCAUUUUCUGUUGUUAAAUAUUGUAUUCUUAUGUGUGUGUGUGUGUGUGUGUGUGUGUGUGUGUGUGUGUGUGUGUGUGUGUGUGUGUGUGUGUCAGCCAUUUCAUGCAAACUACAUGUUCAUAUGGCUACAGUUCCAAACACAAACUGCAGAUUUUUUGCAAUGUGUCCUCAAUGCCUGGUGUGAAUGCAACAAAUGCAUGCUUUUAACAUUUUAUUUAAAGCAUUUAUGACUCCAGCAUUCAUUAUGAAUGGCUGGCAGGGUCAUACUUUUGGAGCGGUUGGGGUCAGAGGAGUCGUUGCCAUGGUGAAGCCUGGUGUUUCUCUUAUUUGAGCCAAUAAAUGGUGCUAAUAUUUUGUAACUUUUAAAAAUAAAGAUCUAAACAUGGUGCAGACCUGGCCGAGUCUUAAAAUACUGGUGUUCAGCAUAACUUUCUUGCUUUUUUUUUUAUGUAUUUGGUGCUCUUGGGGUUUGUGAAACUUGUUUUUACACCCUGUCUUAUAAAAAGAAGGGAAGCUGGUUUGGAUUCAUGGAUUUUCAUUUACUGCAUUACCGGGAAACUUUGACAUCGGUGUAGUAGCAGAUUAAGACCAUCGUUGUCAUCUGCCAUCGUAAAGAACACUAGCCUUUAGAGGAAAUGUCUGUCUUUCAUCAUUUUAAUAGGGUUUGUUCACCCAAAGAUGAAAAUUCUGUCAUUUACGUGCCUUCAUAUCGUUCCAAACCCAUUAUGAUGUAGUUUCUACCUUGGAAAGCAAACAGAGAAAUUUGGUGCUCUUUCCCACACAAUGAAAGUGAAUGGGGAUGGGGGCUGUCAGUCCCCUAACUGUCUGUCAACUUUUGUUUUCCACUGUAGAAAGUCAUACUGGUUUGGAAUGACCAACAUGAUCACUGGGACCUCGACAUGUUGCUUCCAAAAGUUCAUACACUGAAAUCGCCCCCAUUCAGCCGAAUUACUGAAAAGCAGCAUUCCCCUUUAGACAGCAUGAAUACAUUUCUCUGUGGUGCUACUGAGAGCAUGUUGACUUGCAGCCUCUGAGAAACAGGUUCUGGUUCUAUGGUAACCAGGAAGUACCCAUGUUCAUAUAAACAAUGGUGCGCGCAGUCCAGAAGUUGCAUUUUCACUCUAAAAUUACAUUUUCACUCCACUGACGGUAAUGUUUAGUGUUGCGGUUUGGGUGAGUGACUAGGCUUAAUAAAAUAUACACUCUCGUUGACAGUAUUACAUCUUUUUCAAAUAAAAAUACAACACUCUUUUAGUGUCACUUUUUUUGAUUUCAUCAGGAAACUGGAGCUCACAUGUUUCCAUAUGAUCAACAACACUUCCAGCUUUGUCCACUAGGGGCAGUGAUUCGAAUUUCUAUAAGCACAGACUGAUUUCAGCUGAUAAACUUUUGAUCUUCUGUUACCGAAUUCACAGUGAGAUCAGUCUGAACUAGCAGGAGUGUAAAUAAAGACAGAAUUCUCAUUUUUGCGUGAAAGAUUCCUUUAAAGCUUUAAUUUUAGUGCAAACAUGGCUACUUGUUCUUGCACAAAUGAAUAUUGUUAAUCCUCUAUCACAAAUCUCCAUGAGGUUGUUCCAUUUCUUUUGGUGUAAGUGACAAACACUUCCUCUGUUGGCUCUGAUAUUGUUUAAACCAUCUCACAGUUUAGUUUUGCUCUCCAUGGACUUCAUUGUGCAUGAGCGGUGCAUUCGUGCUCUGAGGUAGAUUCACUACUCUGCAGUAUUGGGAUGGAUCGAUGCUCAGGCCAUGUUAUCAGGCUUGCAUUGAGACAUCAGCACUACUUGACAGGCAGGCUUUAAGAAGCUUACUGGAGACCCGCUUUACUGCUUUAGAAGCUGUGGACUGUUUCCAGACUCCAGUUGCCAUGACUGGAAGCUGGUCUCCUUGUCGUUUCCAUUUGCUUGCCUUUUGGCGGAGUUUGGUUCUGUGACAAUAGUGCUCUGUGACUGAAUUUUACACUAUAAUUUGAGUGACAAAUCUGGAGAUGGAUGAUAUAAGAUGGACUCAUGGGUGAAUCUCAUGAAAGCUGUCCAAAAAAACAUGUCUAGGUCAUACGACACAAGUUGUAUUUUGCUUAAUGAAGCCUACAGCUUCUACAAAUCUUUGUCCAGUUAUCAAAAAACGCCUGAAAAAUUAAUGGAAAUGUAUUGGUCAAAAAGGAUGGGAACCCUGCAAAUAUUCAAAUAACUAUAUAUAUAUAUAUAUACAUAUACAGUACAUAAUAGUAGUAUUUGUACUGCCUUUAAUGCAUGCUAGUAAAAAAAACUAUUACAGAAAUACAGUUACAAUAAUUUUAUGAAACCACUGAGAAUGAUGGGAAUUACAAAAAUAUGAAAGAUACAAAUUUUGAGGGAAAUGUCACAAUGCAAAAAGACCUUAAAAUAGCAUUCAUUUUCUUUAUGCAAAAUAGUUGCUAUUUGCUGUUCUUUGGAUUAAGAUGUGAAAUUCGGCCUGGACAUGUUUUUGUGAGUCACCCCUUUCAAUCAAAUAGUACCUGUUUCUUUAAUCAUGUGAUAUUUGAGCUGCGCUGGAAAGCACUUCUUAUUUAUUGUCUUCUGAAAAGCUUACAGCGGCCCUAAAAGGGCACUUCAUUACUGUUUAUGUCUCAUUUCUCUAUGAUUAGUCAGUUUUGUGUUGCAUUGAUUGGGGGGGGGCUGUUAUGAUUGGCCAUUUGUGUCUAGUUGCCAGGUGUCUCACUAUGGGUAAUUUUGAACAACUAGUUGGACAACUGGUUUUGUAUUCCACACAAAUUUACUGAAUGUUUGUGUAUUAUUUUUGUGCUUUUAAGGAGAAUUGGUUUAAGAAACCAACCUUCAUAGUGGCAUCUCCAAAUGACCCAUACAUUUUAUCAUCACAGAUAUGUUAAAUGUUAUUUAUUUGUACUGUAAAAUCUGUGUCCUGCAGUACCCUGUUUGUUUUGAUAUAAAAUAUGUCUCGAAAUUUGCUGCCGCUAAUCAAUAUCUUGGUCUGUACAUGCUUUGAUAUAUACAGGAUUCGAAGAUGAAAAUGUAUCACUUUCCUUCUCCGUCAUUCAACAUAUAGUCUCAUCCACUUAUACGCUUUGUGUAUAAAACAAGCUGUAACUUCAAUUUAGGGUUGUGGUCGGACUUAUUCAGACUUAUAAAAUGUUUCAGAUUGAGUUGUGUGGAACAAUCGUUAUGUUUCCAUGGAGAAAAAUGUGCAAUACAUGUCUCUCAGAUGGUUCUUGAUUUCAGCUCUGGAAGCUUCAUUUGAUAAUAUCUGUUCGUUAGGUGCUCAGGUCACCGAUAGAGUCCAUAUACAGUUCUCAUCCCACUAAUUCUACGGGUGCCUGCUUGGCUCAAUUAACACUAAUGUUCCAUACAUAGCACAUGGUUUUCCAUGCAAUUUUAUUUUAACAUCUAUUAUGAUUUGUGUGUGUGUGUGUGUGUGUGUGUGUGUGUGUGUGUGUGUUAAAACGUUGACCUUUAAUAGUGUCCUUUUCCUGUUUUUUUCUUCUUGUAUAAUGAUUAUUUAUUGCACAUGUAAUACAAUUGUUUCCAUAGUUACACAAGAGGAGUUUUGUUUAAACUGGGCUGGAGUUUCUUACAAUUUUAUGGAAGCUUUUGUUGAAAUUUUUAAAGUGUGUAUUUCAUAAA